AUGCCCAACCUGGACGAGGACCCAGAACCGAAACUCAGCAGGCGGUGCUGGGGCUGGCCGUUAUGGCUAUCGGAAAGAAAUGUGACAAUCGUCCUUUACAACGUUCCAAUCUUUUUCGUCGGCAUCUGGCUCUGGUCGUUUCCCACCGACAUAAGAUGCUCCCAUUUGCGAUUGCAGGUCUUGGUCAACUCCAUCAUCACCGUAACCCUGUGCGUCUGGUGGCCGGCCGGCAUUGAUGUCUACUACGGCAUCCCACGACCAGAACCCACCACGUAUGAAAGGCGUCGGGAUUUCGCCGUUUUCCUCUUUGCCUUGGUGGUGGCAGCUGGCAUGGGCUGGGGCAUGCAGCCAAAGUGUGGCUAUGAGCAACAUGCUGAGCUUGGUAAUGGCAUUUUUCUGAUGUAA